AAAUUGUAAUUUAAUUCUUGUUGCAGAUACACUCGUAAAUUAUUUAGUAGCGGACUAAAAAAGGAUUUGGAGGAUAAUGAUCUCUUUGAAGUUAUUAACAGAUGUCGCUCGGAAAAUUGUACGGAUCGUUUGGAACAUGCAUAUGAAACGGAAUUUACGAAAAAGAAACCCUCUAUCCUAAGGGUUUUAUGGAAUUGUUAUGGACACACAUAUGUGUUUUUAGGACUUAUUCACUUAACGUGGAACUUAAUUUCAAGCGCUUUGGAGCCAGACGCUAUUUCUCAGCUGGUAGCAUAUUUUAAACCAGGACAAACUAAAAUGACUAUAAACGAUGCCUUUUACUACGCUGGUGUUUUAAUUGGUUUGAAAUUAUUACAUACAUUAUAUCAUCCAAAUUAUCAAAUAUAUCUGAUUCAAUUGGCUAUUCAAAUAAGGACUUCAUUUUCCUCUUUAAUAUACAGAAAAGCCCUUAAACUUAGUCCGAAGACUUUAGAAAAUACAAGCUUAGGAAAUAUCGUAACACUUAUAACCAAAGAUGUGUCCCUCUUUGAGGGUGCCGUUGGGACAUUUAAUGAAAUUUGGGUUGGUACAAUCCAAACGUUUUAUGUCUGCUAUUUAAUAUAUAGCAGAAUUGGAUAUACUUCAGCAGUUGGUGUAUUAAUUUUAUCUUCUGCAGUACCCAUUCAGUUUUAUGUGGCUACACUAAUAAAAAAGCUCCGAGCGAAGAUGAAUAAAAGGACUGAUACUAGAUUACAAGAAACACAAGAAGCACUCUCUACUAUUAAAAUUAUUAAAAUGUACACAUGGCAAAAGAUAUUUGCUGACCGUAUUGGUGAAACUAGGAGCAAAGAAGUUAAAACAUUACUGAAAAAAGCUCUUACCAGGUUGUGUCUAAUGGUAUGCAGUGACUUUAUGGGAAAAUUGGGAUUCUAUGCUUUAGUAAUGUUAUAUAUUUAUUUAAAUACAACACUUAAUCCAGAAACAAUAUUUUACAUCAUGAGAUCUUAUGCGACAUUACGACACUCUGUGUCUAUAAUGUUUACAUUUGGCUUUACUGUUGUAGCAGAACUUUUUGCUUCUAUUGAAAGAAUCAACAAUAUAUUACAGCUAGAAGAACUUCCUGAUCAUAUAGACAAACCAGAUGAUCAACCCCAAAUAGAUAUCAGAGAAGCCACUCUUAGUAUGAAAUAUAAGGACAUCCUGAAAAAUAUAAGCUUAAAGAUCGAUGCUGGUUUAAACGUCGUUACUGGUCAGCUUGGAUCUGGUAAAAGCUCUUUAAUUAAAAUGAUAUUAAGAGAUUAUCCAGCUGAUUCUGGAGAAAUAAGAACAAGAGGAUUGAUGAGUUAUGCUUCUCAAGAUCCAUGGCUGUUUCCUGGUACAAUUAAACAAAACAUUUUAUUUGGAGAGCACUAUAAUUAUGAACGAUAUAAAAAAGUUAUUGAAAUAUGCGCUCUAAGCUAUGACUUGAGUAUCCUAGAAAAUAGUGACGAUACAGUAGUAGCCGACAGAGGAAUGAAUCUAAGUAAAGGACAGCAAGCUCGAAUAAACUUAGCUAGAGCUAUCUACAAAGAGAGCGAUAUUUAUCUAAUAGAUGAUUCACUGACCGCUCUGGACCCAAAAGUUCAAAAUCAUAUUUUUAGAGAAUGUAUCCAAGGUUUUCUUAAGAAUAAAUUAGUUAUGCUUGUUACACAUAAUCCUAAACAUAUUUCAGAAGCAGAUAUAGUUAUUAUUCUAGAAGAGGGAGGGAUUAAAUAUGCUGGAAAAAAACAGGAAGUCUCUGACAAGCUCCUGGCAGCUAUAGAAGAAGAAAUAACGGAAAAACAAAAAGAACCGACGACUGAAGAUCAAUCAAAAGAGGAGGAAGCUACUGAAACUUCAAAAUUACUUCCAGAUACUCUUACAGACAAACAAAUUUACCACGAAAAUAAAAAAUCUGGCACUGUGGCACGUGAAAUUUACUCCAAGUAUGUCAAAUAUGGUGGUGGAUAUUUCUUCCUUAUUUUAUUGAUUCUUGUCUACGCUGCUGCAACAUUUAGUGAAGGUAGUUCACAAAUUAUGCUGACAAACUGGUAA